CUGCUUAACACGGUGGAUGAAUUAUAUUAAAACAGAACAGAAAAAAAUACUGAAUUGUAGCAUCAGGAUUUAUUCACUCAUACAAAUCGGAGACAAUUCAAUUUCCCGUCCCCAUAUAUACACUACCCCGCCAUGCACAAAUCAUUACUUUAUCGACUGGUAUUUUAGUUUUUCUUAUUACAACUACUCUUCUUCUCUCUACAUAGUUUGUCGAAACAUCUCAAUGGCUAGCGCAGGACAAGCUUUGAACCGGCCAACGCUCCCUGCUGGCUACAGAUUUAGCCCUAACAAUGAUGAUCUUAUUGUUUAUUAUUUGAAGAGAAAAAUUCUGGGCCAACAACUUCCUGCUGAUGUUAUUCCCACCACUGAUGUUUAUGCAUCAAGCCCUGAUAAACUCCCCUUAGAUGAUUUUAAAGGCGGGGAGGCAAACGAGUGGUUUUUCUUUUCAAAUAGAAGCAAGGAUGAUGACACUAUUGCACUGGAUGGUGGCUACUAUGAAAUCGAUCCCGAAGGUGCUGGCCCGAUCACAUGGGAGGGAAAAAUUGUUGGUUAUGUAAAGACUCUGAAUUUCUAUCAAGGAAGCUCGCCUAAUGGAACUGAAACUGAAUGGAUGGUAGAGGAGUUCAGAGUCAAUCCUGAGUUUGUUCCACUUAACAACAACGAUCGUAGCACUCAAGAAAAGAUAGAAAACCUUGUUGCAUGCAAAAUUUCUCGAGUGCAACCUGAACCUGAAUGGUAGGAGCAAGUCAACCAAGAAGAAGAGAGAAGCACAAGAGAGGAAAAUUUGAAAUCCCAGCAGGCUUUUUAUAGGAAUGAGCCUGUCAAUGCUCUCUUCUUAGGAACAACCUUAUAUAUAUGUUUAUAAUAAGGAACUAAAUGAAUAACAAAUUCUUUUUCAGUGCCUCUA